UUUCAGUCGAAGUUGGAGCUUUGCUAGUUAUGCGGAGGAAAUUCACACCUAAGGAAACAAGGCCGCUACAUCAGGUGUCGACAGUUUCCCCUCCGAUCCGAUCAACUCCACGGAGCUCUUAUCACCAGUUGACAAUCUAACCAGCAAAAUGGAGUCUGAUCGCAAGGACAAGUUCGCUAUACACGAAGCCGCCCGGGAAGGGAACGUUCAAACCAUCGAAUCGCUUUUGAGCGCUAAUCCCAGGCUCGCAAGAACGAAAGACGACGAUGACCGUCUUCCAAUCCACUGGGCCGUGUCUUAUAAUCGGCUUCCUGUCGUGGAGCUACUAGUAUCCCAGAAGAACUUCGAUCCUGACGUUGAGGAUGGAUCUGGUUGGACCCCACUCAUGAUCGCAGCUAGUCUGCGAGACGCCGAAGGAGACCCCAUCAUCGAACAGCUCCUGCAAAAAGAAGCCGACGUAAACGUCAAAAGCACAUCCGGCCAGAAUGCCCUCCACUUCGCAACCUCCAAAAUCAACAUCACAACCGUCCGCCUCCUCCUCACCAACAAAUGCAGCGCCAGAGUAAAAGACAAACGCGGCCAACUCCCCCUCCACCGCGCCGCAGCCGUCGGCUCAGUGCCCAUUAUGAAGAUGCUCCUCGAGGAAGGGAAGAGUCCUGUCAACGCGACAGAUAUGGAUGGCUUGACGGCUUUGCAUCAUGCUGUUGCGGAGGGGCUGAUAAGAGGGACUCGGAGGGGAAAUUGGCGAUUGAUUUGGUUCCUGAUCAGAAGGUGCGGGAGUAUAUCUUGGCAGAUUAAAAGAGAAACUGCUAGGAAAAAACUGUUUAGAUACCCAAGACCACAAGGUCCACGUUUGAAUUGUUCGAUUAAAUUUUUGAUAAGAAACUAAAGUAUGCUCUACAUUCGUACAUCAACACAUGCCAUCGUAUAGUCGGAAUUAAGCCCCGAAAAGCUAUAGCGAAAAGGAAAAUAUGAAGCUUCUCACUUCAUCGUACUAUCAACCAACUCCCGAUAUAUCUUCUUAAGAUCAGUAAUAUCAGCCUGCAACUCUUCCACCUGCUCACUCUUCUCCCCCAGCAUCUCCAGCGUAGUCAGAUACCGCUGGUCCAACUCCUCCAUUUGCGUUUGUAAGUCUUGAAUACGAGCGUCAGUCUCUUUCUUCUGAUCAGUCUCCCGCAUCAAAUCAACAACUUGCUUCCGGGCCUCGUCGCGCUGAGAGGUGAUCCGGGCGAGUUCGUCUUUUGAUGCGGCGCGCUCGCUUUCCAGCCGACGAACAGCGGCACUCAUGCGUUCCACUAAUUGGACGGAUGGGCCGGCUCCGACGGUCGAUUCGGAGAUGAUGUCGUUGAUACCGCG